GAAUUUUGUAAAGAAAAAUGCAAGAAGAGCGAUCGAAUAUAAGUAGGCGAUCGAGACGAAUGCAGAUUAUUACAGGCGGUUAUAUGGAUGAUCGAGGUUGGACUCUACUUCAUAUUGUUGCUAGGAAAGGUGACCUGAAAGAGGUCAAGAGACUUCUUAAAGAAGGCAUGGAUGCAAAUGUGACUGCAGGGGGGCCUAAAACACUUGGUGUGACUCCACUUCAUCUAGCUGCUAAGGGUGGUCAUGUUCGAGUUAUGGAUGAGUUGCUCGAGAGAGGUGCUGAUAUUGAUGCAAGAACCAAAGGUGUCUGUGGAUGGACUCCACUCCAUCAUGCAGCUAAAGAAAGAAAGAGGAAAGCAAUCAAAUUCUUGAUCAGAAACGGUGCAUUUUUGCCAGAUGAAAUCCAUGAUAUCAGGUUCAAUCCUCCACUUCACUAUUGUCCUGGUCUCGAAUGGGCUUACGAGGAGAUGAAACUGCUGCAACUAGAGAGUUCAUCCUCUAACACCUCAGGAAACUGAGUGUGCAACAACACUUCUCUAAGCAUGUGUUCCACGAGGAAGAAACGUUUACAAGCAUAGCCAUGUUCUAGAUUUCUCCAUUCAUAAUCAACUUCGUCACAUCUAGAAU